AUCAUCCUUUAUUAUAUAGUAAUAGGCAUCAAACAUAUCAUCCUUUAUUAUAUAGUAAUACUCAAAUCCAUGCACGUGUUAAUGAAAAACUUUAACGAUAAAGUGUUGUAGACGAUACGUCUGUUUAAAUGAUCUGUUCAGAUCUGUUAACUCAAAACAUACAUUGCAUAUUUGAACUUUUGAAAGUUUUUGUUGAAGACGCAGACAUCGACGGUGCUGUAAAUGAAGACUGUAACCAAACUGUGCCGAACAGCAAAAAUAACACAGUAGAGUCGCAAACCGUUCCCUGCUGGACCGCUCCACCGGACAACAAUGUCACGUUCAGUUCCUCACGUACGUCGGAGGUUUCCUUCACUGAUGCUCCGGAACCGACGAUACCAGAAGAAUCCCAUCCGGGCCUAAAAAUACCUGUGCCGACGGGAAAGAAGCCGAACUUAUCGUCUACAUCGACCUCCAAGGCGACAACCACAUUGGCUCCCUCCCACGGAAACACCACAAACUUGACAACGCAACAGCCGCUGCCGCCGGAGGAGGAAUGCUUCACUGAUUGUUACUGCCCCUGUGGCUGGGUGGCAGAGCCCGUACAAUACACGAAGGAAGAGCUGAACGCAAUUGUUGAGAAGAUCCAAGAGAAACUCAAGAUCGAGGUGAAGAAGUUAAGUUCCACGACGCGGAAGCUGAACAGCGCCGAGGACCAGCGGCCGUCUGCGAAGGCGGUCGGCGUCGUCGGUCUGGUGUUCUUGGUGAUCACCCUCGGCGGCAUCUUCCUGCUCGAUCUGAAGACCUUGGCAGACGCGUUCCGGACGCUUCUAGACAACGUCCGCCAGCCGUUCCGGCAAUGACUUGCACAACUCCUCAGAGCGGUUGCCUUCCCUAUCGGUUAACGGUUACCACUGCCGUCAUUAGGGAGGAUUGUGAAAUUGUAUUUUUUAUUAAUUGUAGUACAGUGCACAUUUCUUCCUAACUGGACACUUUUUGUAAAAUAGUUUGCAGUAAAUUUAAACAUAUAGCAAUUCAAAAGAAGAAUAUAAUAAAACCGUUAGUUAUAAAAAUGAUCAUUUUAAUCGUUUAUCAUCGCGUAGUCUUUUAUGACAGCAGGAAUUUGACUUGCCUCAACAUCGGGAUUUUGUUUACGUUGGCUCAUAGGCUUUACGCAUGUGAUUCACUUACAACCUGUUUCAAAGUAGUUUAUAUUACUCAAUACAUAUAUAUAUAUUGUUCUAUAAUUUUGUAGAUUUUUUUUCGAGUAUAAAUUUUAUUAUGAUAUCUUCAAAACUUGUGUGCGCUUUUCUCGUAGUCUACCGUACUUUUAAACAAUAUCAUUAUGUAUAAGUAUUGAUUAAGUAUCUCAGUUUCAUACAUGAAUUGGGAAAGCUUUGAGAAAUAAAAUGUGUUUAUUUUAUCUUAAACCUAACAAUACCACGGAGAGAGAGUUGGCAAUGAAUCCUUUAUUAAAUAUUGUGAAUUGGUUUCGUGUCUUUGUUAACAUUUUUGUGU